AUGCGAGAGGAAGUAGACUCGGGGGAGGAGAGGAGAGGAGAGAGAGAGGGAGGAGAGGGAGAGGAGGGGAGAGGAGAAGUGGGGCUGGGUAGGAGGGAGCGGGAGAGGGAGGAGGGGAGGAGGAAGAGAGAGGAAGGCGAGGGAGGGAUAGGGGAGGGGACAAGAGGAGUGAGGGGGGGAGGAAGCAAGGAGGAGGAGAGAGGAGGGAGGGGCGGGAGGGAAGAGGAGGCGCGGAGAGAGAGAGGAGAAGAGGGAGAGAGAGGAGGAGAGAGGGAGCGAGAGGAGGAGGAGAGAGGAGGAGAGAAGGAAGGGGGGAGGAUGGGAGAGGAAGAGGGGAAGAGGGUAAGGAAGGGAGCAGGGAGCAAGAGGGAGAGAAGAGGAGAGGGCAGAGGAGAGAGGAGGGGAGGAAGGGGAGAGGGAGGGGGGGAGGGGGAAAAUAAACGGAAAAAAGGGAAGAAGUAA